CGCUUCCUGAGCUCUCUCCUCCUGCAGGGCUGCUUGACAGGAGGAGAUUGUUUUCCAGAUCAAGAAAUUGGACUUUUGAUGAUGAUUGACCCAGCAGCAGCAGUAGCAGACAACGUGAUUUCCAAGCUGUACUCAGCCUCUGCUUCUACUGUCUUGUAGACAAGCUCAUUUCGGAUCAGGCAUCCCAAACAUGUCUGUGAUGGUGGUGAGAAAGAAGGUGACACGGAAAUGGGAGAAGCUCCCAGGCAGGAACACCUUCUGCUGUGAUGGCCGCGUCAUGAUGGCCCGCCAGAAGGGCAUUUUCUACUUGACCCUCUUCCUCAUCCUCGGGACAUGCACACUCUUCUUCGCCUUUGAGUGCCGCUACCUAGCUGUUCAGCUGUCUCCGGCCAUCCCGGUGUUUGCUGCUCUGCUCUUCCUUUUCUCCAUGGCUACACUGCUAAGGACCAGCUUCAGUGACCCUGGCGUGAUUCCGCGAGCCCUGCCAGAUGAAGCAGCUUUCAUAGAGAUGGAGAUAGAAGCCACCAAUGGUGCGGUACCCCAGGGCCAGCGCCCACCACCUCGUAUCAAGAAUUUCCAGAUAAACAACCAGAUUGUGAAACUGAAAUACUGUUACACAUGCAAGAUCUUCCGGCCUCCUCGGGCCUCCCAUUGCAGCAUCUGCGAUAACUGUGUGGAGCGCUUCGACCAUCACUGUCCCUGGGUAGGGAAUUGUGUUGGAAAGAGGAACUAUCGCUACUUCUACCUCUUCAUCCUUUCUCUCUCCCUCCUCACCAUUUAUGUGUUCGCCUUCAACAUUGUCUACGUGGCCCUCAAAUCUUUGAAAAUCGGCUUCCUGGAGACGUUGAAAGAAACUCCUGGAACUGUUCUGGAAGUACUCAUUUGCUUCUUCACACUCUGGUCUGUUGUGGGACUGACGGGAUUCCAUACUUUCCUCGUGGCGCUCAACCAGACAACCAAUGAAGACAUCAAAGGCUCAUGGACAGGAAAGAAUCGUGUCCAGAAUCCCUACAGCCACGGCAAUAUCGUGAAGAACUGUUGUGAAGUGCUGUGUGGCCCCUUGCCUCCCAGUGUGCUGGACCGAAGGGGUAUACUGCCACUGGAGGAAAGUGGAAGUCGACCUCCCAGUACUCAAGAGACUAGCAGCAGCCUCUUGCCACAGAGCCCCGUCCCAACAGAACAUCUGAGCUCCAAUGAAAUGCCGGAGGAAACGAGCACUCCUGAAGAGAUGCCACCCCCGGAACCCCCAGAGCCACCACAGGAGGGGGCUGAAACGGAGAAGUAG